GUUCGUAAAAACUGGCAAAGUUUUCAUGUCACACUUCAACUGCCACUGAGGAACUGUAUCAGGGGACAGAGACAUUGACCACUUGGGCCAGUGCCCGGCCACUUUCAGAUAAGCUUUGAACAAGGAAGAAAGAAACGGAAAAUGCAGAAAGAGCACUCCACUGGACCACACUCAUUUUAGCCAGUGCCCAGGCUAUCAGCAGAGAAAAGACAGGUGGGCAGCAUGGCUCCAGGCGAAAAGGAAAGUGGGGAGGGCCCAGCCAAGACCGCCCUCCGGAAGAUACGCACAGCCACCCUGGUCAUCAAUUUGGCCCGAGGUUGGCAGCAGUGGGCGAAUGAGAACAGCAUCAGGCAGGCCCAGGAGCCUACAGGCUGGCUGCCGGGGGGGACCCAGGACUCACCUCAAGCUCCUAAACCAAUCACACCCCCUACUUCACACCAGAAAGCUCAGAGUGCCUCAAAGUCGCCACCCUGCCUGCCAGAAGGACAUGGAGAUGGACAAAGCUCAGAGAAAGCCCCUGAGGUUUCUCACAUCAAAAAGAAAGAGGUGUCCAAAACGGUGGUCAGCAAGGCUUAUGAGAGAGGAGGGGACAUGAGCCACCUCAGCCACAGGUACGAGAGGGAUGCUAGCGUGCCUGAACCUGGGCAGGCAGAGAACGACAUUGACAGAAUCCUCCACAGCCACGGCUCCCCAACGCGGAGGAGAAAAUGUGCCAACCUAGUGUCUGAGCUGACCAAAGGCUGGAGAGUGAUGGAGCAGGAGGAGCCCACAUGGAGGAGUGACAGCGUAGACACAGAGGACAGCGGCUAUGGAGGAGAGGCCGACGAGAGGCCCAAGCAGGAUGGAGUGCAGGUGGCUGUGGCCAGGAUCAAACGCCCCUUGCCCUCCCAGGUAAACAGAUUUACAGAGAAACUCAACUGCAAAGCCCAACAGAAAUAUAGUCCAGUGGGCAACUUGAAAGGGAGAUGGCAGCAGUGGGCUGAUGAACACAUACAAUCCCAGAAGCUCAAUCCUUUCAGUGAAGAGUUUGAUUACGAGCUGGCCAUGUCCACCCGCCUACACAAAGGAGAUGAGGGCUAUGGCCACCCCAAAGAAGGAACCAAAACUGCUGAAAGGGCCAAGCGUGCUGAGGAGCACAUCUACAGGGAAAUUAUGGACAUGUGCUUCAUUAUCCGCACAAUGGCUCACCACAGACGAGAUGGCAAGAUCCAGGUUACUUUUGGAGAUCUCUUUGACAGAUAUGUUCGUAUUUCAGAUAAAGUAGUGGGCAUUCUCAUGCGUGCCAGGAAACAUGGACUGGUAGACUUUGAAGGAGAGAUGCUAUGGCAAGGCCGAGAUGACCAUGUUGUGAUUACGCUACUCAAGUGAACCUUCAAAAACAAAAGCCAAAUUUGGCCCACUAUUGUCUUCAUGCUAAAUGCUCAUGUAGUAAAAUGAAAAUGCAAACUCUCUGUAAUAAAUUAGUAAAUAUUAAACAAUUU